AUGCUGUGGCUACUGCUCUUGACCCUUCCCUGUCUGGGGGACUCCAUCCCCACAACUCCUGACCCUCGCCCACAACAGGAGCUAGCAGGCAUCAUUGGGGGCUGCCCUGUCUCGGCCAUGAGGUUCCCAUGGCAGGUCAGCCUGCAGUUCUACAGCCAGUUCAACCACCGGUGGGAGCACAUCUGCGGGGGCUCACUCAUCCACCCACAGUGGGUGCUGACUGCUGCCCACUGUCUCGAUCCGGAGGAGCUGGAGGCCUGUGCCUUCAGGGUCCAGGUUGGGCAUCUGAGGCUGUAUGAAGAUAACCAUUUGAUGAAGGUGGCUGAAAUCAUCCGCCACCCCAAGUACAAUGAGAGCCUGUCUGCCUCCGGAGGUGGGGACAUUGCCCUACUGCGACUGGAGGCCCCUGUGGUACUAUCAGAGGACAUCUACCCCAUCUCCCUCCCUGAGGCCUCCUGGAAUCUUUCCUCAGGGAAAACCUGCUGGGUGACCGGCUGGGGUAACAUCAGAGUCAGACAGUCCCUGCCCCCACCCUACCAUUUACGGGUGGUAUCAGUCCCUAUUGUGGAGAAUGAGGUCUGUAACCAGCAGCACCAGAACUCUUCUUUGAAGAAUGCUUGUGAGGUCAUCAAGGAUGAUAUGCUCUGUGCUGGACAUAAGGGCCGUGAUUCCUGCCAGGGUGACGCUGGGGGUCCCCUUGUCUGCGCAUGGAACUGCACCUGGGUGCAGGUAGGCGUGGUGAGCUGGGGUUUCAGCUGUGGCCUUCGUGACCUUCCUGGGGUGUAUGCCCGUGUGAUGAGCUAUGUCUCCUGGAUCCAUCACUACGUUCCUCUGUUCUCUGGGCCCUAGAUGGGGCAUGGAUGGGGUCUGCCUGGUGGAGGAGACCCUUAGUCUGCUUCUUGACACUCCCAGUUCUUCUCCUCAAUCCAGCCUCACCCUCCCAAAUGUCCUCAUCCACCAGUGCGAUGGGUUACCCCUGUCCUCCUCC